UGAUACCUAAGAACUCACAUGAACUGAGCAAAUGAGAUAGAAACAUGGCAUUCUUAAUUAUACUAAUUACCUGCUUUGUGAUUAUUCUUGCUACUUCACAGCCUUGCCAGACCCCUGAUGACUUUGUGGCUGCCACUUCUCCGGGACAUAUCAUAAUUGGAGGUUUGUUUGCUAUUCAUGAAAAAAUGUUGUCCUCAGAAGACUCUCCCAGACGACCACAAAUCCAGGAGUGUGUUGGCUUUGAAAUAUCAGUUUUUCUUCAAACUCUUGCCAUGAUACACAGCAUUGAGAUGAUCAACAAUUCAACACUCUUAUCUGGAGUCAAACUGGGGUAUGAAAUCUAUGACACUUGUACAGAAGUCACAGUGGCAAUGGCAGCCACUCUGAGGUUUCUUUCUAAAUUCAACUGCUCCAGAGAAACUGUGGAGUUUAAAUGUGACUAUUCCAGCUACAUGCCAAGAGUUAAGGCUGUCAUAGGUUCUGGGUACUCAGAAAUAACUAUGGCUGUCUCCAGGAUGUUGAAUUUACAGCUCAUGCCACAGGUGGGUUAUGAAUCAACUGCAGAAAUCCUGAGUGACAAAAUUCGCUUUCCUUCAUUUUUACGGACUGUGCCCAGUGACUUCCAUCAAAUUAAAGCAAUGGCUCACCUGAUUCAGAAAUCUGGUUGGAACUGGAUUGGCAUCAUAACCACAGAUGAUGACUAUGGACGAUUGGCUCUUAACACUUUUAUAAUUCAGGCUGAAGCAAAUAACGUGUGCAUAGCCUUCAAAGAGGUUCUUCCAGCCUUUCUUUCAGAUAAUACCAUUGAAGUCAGAAUCAAUCGGACACUGAAGAAAAUCAUUUUAGAAGCCCAGUUACUUGGUGUGCUAAAAAAUGUGACAUUCACUGAUGGAUGGAAUUCAUUUCAUUUUGAUGCUCAUGGGGAUUUAAAUACUGGAUAUGAUGUUGUGCUCUGGAAGGAGAUCAAUGGACACAUGACUGUCACUAAGAUGGCAGAAUAUGACCUACAGAAUGAUGUCUUCAUCAUCCCAGAUCAGGAAACAAAAAAUGAGUUCAGGAAUCUUAAGCAAAUUCAAUCUAAAUGCUCCAAGGAAUGCAGUCCUGGGCAAAUGAAGAAAACUACAAGAAGUCAACACAUCUGUUGCUAUGAAUGUGAGAACUGUCCUGAAAAUCAUUACACUAAUCAGACAGAUAUGCCUCAUUGCCUUUUAUGCAACAACAAAACUCACUGGGCCCCUGUUAGGAGCACUAUGUGCUUUGAAAAGGAAGUGGAAUAUCUCAACUGGAAUGACUCCUUGGCCAUCCUACUCCUGAUUCUCUCCCUACUGGGAAUCAUAUUUGUUCUGGUUGUUGGCAUAAUAUUUACAAGAAACCUGAACACACCUGUUGUGAAAUCAUCCGGGGGAUUAAGAGUCUGCUAUGUGAUCCUUCUCUGUCAUUUCCUCAAUUUUGCCAGCACGAGCUUUUUCAUUGGCGAACCACAAGACUUCACAUGUAAAACCAGGCAGACGCUGUUUGGAGUGAGCUUUACUCUUUGCAUCUCCUGCAUUUUGACAAAGUCUCUGAAAAUUUUGCUAGCCUUCAGCUUUGAUCCCAAAUUACAGAAAUUUCUGAAGUGCCUCUAUAGACCGAUCCUUAUUAUCUUCACUUGCACGGGCAUCCAGGUUGUCAUUUGCACACUCUGGCUAAUCUUUGCAGCACCUACUGUAGAGGUGAAUGUCUCCUUGCCCAGAGUCAUCAUCCUGGAGUGUGAGGAGGGAUCCAUACUUGCAUUUGGCACCAUGCUGGGCUACAUUGCCAUCCUGGCCUUCAUUUGCUUCAUAUUUGCUUUCAAAGGCAGGAAAUUACCUGAGAAUUAUAAUGAAGCCAAAUUCAUUACAUUUGGCAUGCUCAUUUACUUCAUAGCUUGGAUCACAUUCAUCCCUAUCUAUGCUACCACAUUUGGCAAAUAUGUACCAGCCGUGGAGAUUAUUGUCAUAUUAAUAUCUAACUAUGGAAUCCUGUGUUGCACAUUCAUCCCCAAAUGCUAUGUUAUUAUUUGUAAGCAAGAGAUUAACACGAAGUCUGCCUUUCUCAAGAUGAUCUACAGUUAUUCUUCCCAUAGUGUGAGCAGCAUUGCCCUGAGUCCUGCUUCACUGGACUCCAUGAGCGGCAAUGUCACAAUGACCAAUCCCAGCUCUAGUGGCAAGUCUGCAACCUGGCAGAAAAGCAAACAUCUUCAGGCACAAGCAUUUGCACACAUAUGCAGGGAAAAUGCCACAAGUGUAUCUAAAACUUUGCCUCGAAAAAGAAUUUCAAGUAUAUGAAUAAGCCUUAGGAGAUGCUACAUUCCAGAAUAGAAUGUUUCCAGGGUCUUUGCAUCUAAGAUAUAAAUUUACUUUCCCAGCAAAUAUGUCAUAUGUAUUUCCUUGCCACCAUCUUUACCAAGUUUUAGUUGAACAGUCACUCUGUUCAAUCACCUAUUUAACAAAUAGAAUUGAGCCUUCAGCCUGAAACUCCCUUCAUUUCCUGCCUUUUUCAUUGGUCUCCAUCUUUACCUGCUUCCUCUUAGGCACAUCGUUAAAGACUUCUCUUCUAUUCAAAGUUGUCCCGUAAUGUGUCAUCCUUACUCCAUUCCCGACACCCUCUUCUCAAAUCUCUUUGGAUUCUCCUCUCUUGAGCAUUUUUACUUUUCUUCCACUGUUCAGUGUAGUUGAACAAGCACUUGAGCAAUUACUAUGAACCAGUUGAUAUGCUAAAUAACAAGGUACAAAAGCAGCAAGGUGUCAUUGCUGAUCUCAAGGAGCUCAAAAUCCAAGGAGAAACAGGCACAUAUCAACAUCUUCAAUCAGUGUGAGGAAGUCUAUGAUUAUAAUGUAUAUAGAGCAUUACAGUGGUAUAGAGAAAUGGCACUCAACCACACUGGGAGAGGAUGGGAAGGCUUAAGAGAAGACUUUAAAUAAAGAGUAUGAUGUUUAGGUGAAACCCUGAAAGAUGAGUAGGAGUUAGCUAAUUAGAGAAAGCACAGAAAGGUAUUCUAGAUAAAGGAGGAAAGUGGGAGCAACAACAGAAAGUGCGACAAGAAGGUGCAUUCAGGGAAUUAUCAUCAUUUUGGUAUUACUGGAGAGGAGCCCUCUUUGGUAUGUAGAGGUUAGGUCAUGAGAGAAUGCCACCCAUUGGAGUUUCUUGCUAAGGAACAUGGGUCUUGUCCUGUGGGCAGUGGGUAGCCAUUAAAGUGUCUGGCACAGAAGGGACAAGUAGCUCAAAGUCCCCAGAAUGAUCACUCUGAUACAAGGUGGAAAAUGGAGUCUAGUUAAGAGAUGAUUAGGAUCUGUACCAGGGAAUAGAAAGGGGGAUAUGUAUGUGAAUUCAAGCUAUAUAGAAGGUGGUAAUUUAUUUGAAGUGGUUGUUGAAGGAUGAGUUACAGGCUUCUAGUCUGGUUUAUUGAAAGGUGGUAUGGAAUAUAGGAGGAGGAAGUGGCUUAGAAUAGAAGAUGGAAUGUUGAAUUUGAGAUGCCUGGAAGAAUUUUAAGAUGUAUCAAAUAUCCACAUGAACAUAAGACCGUGAGCUCAGGGGAUGGUGGUCAGGGCUGGUGAUAAGGAUUUGGAUGCCAUGUUCACAUUGCUCCCAUCUGUAUAAAACAUAAAUAUACAAAAUAACACUGUGCCAAAUCUUUACUUUUUCCUUAGCUGUCACCCUCUUUCUUCCUCCAUCUCACAAUAGACUGCUUAGAGGAAGAUUGUCAUUAUUGACUUGUGACCUAUUAGUUCUCAGUUCAUUUAAAAUCUGGCUUCUAGUUCACCUCUGAUGAAAUAGUUCAUGGAAAGUUUACCUGUUACUCUUUAUCUCUCAAAUUUGAUAAUUAUUUUUAAGUGUUUAUCUCCCUUGAAUCUUAAUUAUAUUUCUGAUCUAACUCUUCCUCAUCGAAAUUCCCCUUCCUGGUUCCCUCUAUAAUUUAUAAAGCCUUCAAUGAGUCAAACUCUUAAGUCUGAUGCAAAGGCUUUUCUGGUUCUACUCUGAUACCCUGGCCAUUGCAUUUUAGUCUCUUUGGCAGAGUUGUCUUCCUCCACUUGACUAUUAAAUGUGAGUAUUUCCCAGAGUUUCAUCCUCAACCUACAUCUGUUUUCCUGUAACACACUGUCUUGCUACAAUAUUACUCAGCUCUGUGUCUUAACUUUGACCCAAACGACUCCCCAAACCAUAUCUCUGGCCCAGGUCACUCUCCAACCAAUCCGGCUGCUUGUUCCCCCUCACACUGCAAAGUCAAUAUGCAUAAAAUUUAACCCAUAUUUUCCUUCUCCUUCUCCUCCUCCUGUUUUUUAUUUCUCAGUAUGUAAUAGUACCACUUUUGGGCUAGUUAGGCCCCUGGGAUGCAUCCUUGACUCUGCCGCCUGCUUCACUGUCCUACACCUUUAAUUCAUCACCUGUAUUUAUUUUCUAACACCUACAUUUUCUCAAAACCUUGACGUAAUCUGUAUCCCUGUCAUCACUUCCUUAAUCCUGGUCUUCAUCACCUCUUUUAUAGAUUGUUGCAAUAGCCUUCUCAUUUGACUAUGGCCUCAAAUGUUUUACUCUAAAUAUAGAGAAGGUAUUGAUAAACCUUCUAUUCACUUCCACUAGAUCUCUUUCUAUAGUAAAAAUCCCUUCAUGUUACUAAAUUAUUUAAAAAUCUAUAAUAAGUCAAAACUCCUUAUCUUGAUACCCAGGCUCUUCAAGUCCAGCACCAACUUCUACUCCUUCCUGCCUAGUGAAGCAUGCUUCAGAAUUGGCAAACUGCUGUGAUUGUUGGUGAUUGUUCAUCCCCAUACUAUGCUGUUUCAGGCCUCGGAGCCUGGGCUCUUCCCUCUGCCUUGAUGUCCUCUCCACUUCUUGUGUUUCUGAAACACUCUAGCUAAAUCCACUAGACACAACUCUAGUAUCUCCUCUUCUAUGAAGCCUUUUUUUCUGCUCCUGUUAUAGCACAUAUUACAUUUUAUUGCAUUUACCUGCUUUUAUCUUAAUUUGUUUUAACACUUAUUGAGUCCCAAUACAUACCAGGCAUAAUUCUAUGCACAGGGAUUAUUAAAAAGUUUUUUUUAAAAAAAGGGCAAGUUCUCUGCCCUCAAAGAGUUUACAUUCCAGUGUUUUCACCAUUUUGCAGUGAGGAGUCAAUUCUUUAGUAAUAAUUCUCUCAACUGCUCUUUCCUCUCUAGGACUACUACUGUCACCACAACUAAUAUCACCCCAAUUCGGGCUCUUACAACUUCACAUCUCUGCUGUUGAAAUAUCCCAAACUAGUUACCUACCUUACGAUUUGCUGUCUAAUACAUAGAAUACAUCAUUACAGAAUCAAUCUUUCUCAAAUUCAUUCCAAUACUAUCAAGCUCCUCUUUAGAAAAAUUUAAUAACUUCCCAUUGUCCUUAGAAUUAAGUUGAAUUUUCCUGCCUUGCUAAGCAAGACCUCCUGCAGCCUUGCUUCAACAUAAAUUGAAUGUUUUUUUAAAAAAAGAUAUUAAUUUUAGUUUUCUGUUUAUCCUAGAUUUAUUCAUAUACAAUACAGUGAUAAUGUCUUGUAAAAAUUGUUAAGGAGAGAAAAUAUUCUGAUGUACAUGAAAAUGUUAAGAAAUGAUUAUUCUGUUUGUGAUUUCAUUGACUCACUGGUCUGUUGAUAUGAAAACAAUUUCUCCUAUUGACAUGAGAGCAAAGUUGCAGGAUAGUUUUCAUAUUCUUAAGUGUAAUCUCCCAAAACAAAAAUCACAGCACUGUUGUGCCAAUAGAACAAUAAAGGAAAUAUUGUUUC